AUGGCAAAUAAGUGUGGGCACUGCGGUAAAUUUAUUUCGCAGACAGAUGGCGUUAAAUGCUCAAAAUGCACGUCGACUCACCAUCGGCCGUGUGUUAAUAUUAGCCCCGAAUCAAGGAUAAGCCCAAAAUGGAUUUGUAAAACCUGCAAAAUACCGCGCCAAAGCCCUGUGCCAGCCGACUAUUGUAUUGAGGCAUCCGUAGACUCAAGAGUUGAAUCCCACAUUGAAGGUUUAUUGGCUAAGGAAAUUAAACUCCUUAGAACUGAGUUGAAGACUCUGUCAGAAGAAAUGGUCAGUUUCCGGCAAGAAAUUGCGAAACUAAACACCUCCAUGACACAGUUUAAUUCGAGACUGGACAGCGUUGAAACCCGAGUUACCUCCCUGGAACAACAAACGAAGGAGGGUCACAAGUCAUGCAAUAAUAACGAACUGGUAGAUAUUAAUGCGCGCUUAAAGCGCGAUUUGAAUAUAAAGGAACAGGCGGCUCUUUGUAAUGAUUUAGAGCUCACCGGUAUUCCUGAACAGAAGGGAGAAAGCCCGGGUCACCUCAUGACACUCAUCGCCAAAAAAUUGGAUGUAGAACUGGACGAGCGUGACGUGGUUAGUGUUGAACGUGCCGGUAUGCGUCGAAACCGUGAGAGCUCGGAUAGCGAACCACCGCGGCCUAGAAUCAUCGUCGUACGUCUGGCGCGGCGCUCUGUCCGACCAACUGUUGCGGGCGGCGCGCGUGCGUCGGGGCGUUGA